GCCUCAGUUAGUUCUUGGCCGCCUCAGACGUAACACACAUUCUCUGUGAGCAGUAAUAAGGGAGACUACUGAAAUUCAUCUACUCGUUUUUACACGUUUCUUUCUACAUGGGAAGUCACUCAAAUCUCGAUUAAGGCUCGUCAUCAAAUGCAAAAGUUCUCAAUAAUCAAUCACUGACGACUCGGAAAUACGCACUCUGAAACAUUGGUGGAAAAACUGUGAGAUUUUAGUGAAAAAGUUGUCAAGUCAUAAGAAGUAAAGAUCUUUGAAAACGAAGCUAACACGUUACUAUCAAACUGAAGAACACAAGCAACCAACUGCGACAAUUCACCAAUAUUAGCACAUACGCAGUGUGACAUAAAAAUGAACAAACACGCACCUACAAUCACGUGUUUCCUAGGGUGAGGACGUCGGCGCUGCCCUUGGUCUCUUGACCACGAAGACAGCUGCCAGCCUGGUUUGUCUGCACUCCCUGCCCCAUCUCCUCCCCAUCUGGAUUUAUCAACAUCCUCCCACCAACAGUACAGUGCAAAGACUGACCAUCAUCAACCCACAAGUGAUAUACAAAAGUGACAAUUUCAACUAGAAAGAAAGAAACAACUUUUAGAGCGACAGUCAGUGCUUCGCGGUCAAUGUUGACCUGACAGGACCAGACACACCCUGUCCACCGUACACUCGCCACCACCAACACUGGAUGAGAAGCAAAGAAAGACUCCUAACUACAACAGGAGAGAACUGAGGACUUCCUACCCCACCCAGUGAGAGGUGACAACAUCACACCAUUUGAGGGAGUGACUAAGACAGUCAGCCGAGGGGUUGACGGGGCCGUGAAGGAGAAUGACUUUGUUGAGCAGGGCGCUGCGGGUGAUCCCUGUGGCACUCCUACGGCUGCUGGUGGCGACGUUGGUGCGGGAGGCGAACUAUGACCAUGACUACCGAUACCAAGUCGCAUCACAAUACGACUUCAUUAUCGUGGGCGGUGGGACGGCGGGGAGCGUGAUGGCUGAGAGGCUGGCGGAGGUGGAGGGCUGGCGGGUGCUGCUGCUGGAGGCCGGGGGAGAACAACCCCCGGAGAGCUACGUUCCAGCUUUCAACACCUUCCUGUUUCAGAGCGAUGCAGACUGGAACUUCUACACUACACCGCAGACACACUCUCUUAGAUUUUUCAAAAAUAAUGCAAUUCCGUACCCGCGAGGACGCACCAUUGGCGGGUCUUCUUCCAUCAACUCCAUGAUCUACGUCCGUGGCAACAGGCGGGACUUCGAUAACUGGGAGGCGCUGGGCAAUCCCGGCUGGAACUAUGACAGCGUCCUCAAGUACUUCAAGAAGUCUGAGGAUUAUCGAGGCGUCUACACCACCAAGACAGCCAAGUACCACGGAAAAGGGGGGCCCUUGACAGUGGAGAACAAGCGUUGGAGCACUCCGGUGGCCAAGGCUUUCGUGAAGGCGGGGCAACAGCUAGGAUACCCCGUCGUCGACCCUAAUGGACCCGAGCAGAUUGGCUUUUCUAUGAUUGAUGUGACGCUACGAAACGGGCGGCGCUGGUCGGCAGCUGACGCCUACCUUAGACCGGCUUCCCAGGCCAGACCCAAUCUACACGUCGUUCUCAACGCUCACGUCACGCAUAUCCUGUUUGACGAGAAGAAUGCAGUGGGCGUGAGAUUCGAGAAAGAGGGGAAGGAGAGGAGUGUGCUAGCAAAUCGGGAGGUGGUAUUGUCCGCUGGUGCUGUUGGGAGCCCCCAUCUGCUUCUGCUGUCGGGGGUGGGUCCUGCCGCCCACCUCUACCAACACAAUAUCCCGGUGGUGGAAGACGUGCCUGGUGUUGGUCAGAAUCUGCAAGACCACCCGGUAGUGGGUGGCUUGGUGUGGACGGUUCCUCGGGGCUCCUCCUUCAACACAACCCUCCUCGCAAAUCCUAAAAACGUUUACAACUUUAUACAUAACGCUGAAGGUCCUCUGACGUCACCGGUGGGAACGGAGGGGAACGCGUGGGUGCCAUCUGCUGAGGGCGACCCUAACUGGCCCGAGUUACAGCUUGCAAUGGUGAGCGGCACCCCAGCACAAGACUUUGGGCUCUUGUCAGUCCAGGUCCUCGGCUAUAAGAAAGAGGAGUACUACGACCACUUCCAAGACAUCUUGGGUCAGGAGGGCUUCAUUCUGGCACCGUUGCUGACUAGAGCCCUGAGCCGGGGCGACAUCACCCUGGCCUCCAGUAACCCCCACCACCAACCCCUAAUCAACCCAAACUUCUUAAGUCACCCCGACGACGUUUCGGCCUUAGUCAGGGGGAUCAAACUGGCACUGAAGGUUGGGGAGGCACCAGCACUCCGGGUCGAACACUCAGCCAAAUACCACAGCAAGCCAUUGAGGGGGUGUGAGCACGAGACGGCCUACACAGACGCGUAUUGGGAGUGCUUCAUCCGCCACCUGGCCAGCUCCUCUUACCACACCGCAGGCACCUGCAAGAUGGGCCCCGCCUCAGACCCCCUGGCAGUCGUAGACCACAGGCUCAGAUUACGGGGCGUGUCAGGGCUAAGGGUGGUAGACGCUUCUGUCAUGCCGCUCGUCGUCUCAGGCAACACGAACGCCGCCACCAUCAUGAUCGCCGAGAAAGCCGCUGACUUACUGAAGGAGGACUGGGGCAUCCCAAUUACUUCGCUUUAACGAAGAGGACUUCCCAUGUUUGCUCAAGGCGCUUCAUAUAGUCAUUUUACUUGGGUUUUACCCGUGUUAUUAGUUGUUGUUUACUGCAUGAAAAUUUGAUGCACUCUUAUUUGUAUUAUGUAACGUUGUUAUGUAUCUACUGUACAAAUUCCUUUGUUUACAAUAAAACGAGAU